AUGGCCGCUGCUGUGUCUCCUUCAUUCAACGGGCUGAGCUCCCCGAAUACACCAAAACAGAAGCGCGGAUCAUGGUUUUCGCGUACACCGCACAGAAAAUCACCACCGGUUGAUGAAGAUAUACCAGUCCUGAAGCUUGCCUUCUUCUCUGGUAAAACGAUCAUUAGUUUCGGCAAAGUCAAAGUGAACCGAUCGAAGUCAUGUAAACUUCGACUGGUGAAUCCUGCGGACUUGGAUGUACAACUGGUAGUUGAAAGAUUUCCGUCACAAAAAGGUUUUACUAUUUCGGAGGAUAGAUGGGUUCUAGAGAGUCAAGAGGAACAAAUUGUCAGCAUACGUUGGUCUCCAACCGAAGCUGGGAACGUCCGGGAGUUGGUCACCUUCAAAUUUGACAAUGCUCAUCGCUUGCAAGUAAUAAUGGUUGGUACAUCGGUAGCAUCUCCAGUCAAAAAAACUAAAAAAAGAAGUAAAUGGAACGUGAAGAAAUCUGUUAUAUCAGAGUUACGUUCAACUAAACUCAAAAAGCAAUGUAAGCAGUUGUUGAAAGAUGGAAAAAAACAUCGCAGUCCAAAUGUCUCACGAUUUGAUGAGGAGAAUAUUCAUCCCAACGAAGCAGCUAUUACCAAUGAAAAAACUUCACCAUUAGGGAUGUUGAUCACUCCAAUGCCCACUACUCCAUCAUCAAUAAGGCGAUCCAGAACUUUUGAAAAGUUACCUAAUCCAUCAUUUCUGAAUGCUUCUAUUGACAGUCAAUCUGAUUUUAGACUACCAUUAAAUAAUUCAGCUUUAAAUAUUAGCAUUAGUCCAAAUCGGUCUGACAUCAAUCCAAUGUUGCCAUCACAACCACUUGUUGCAGAGGAGGAUAGCCGACUUACAUUCUGUAUUGGCCAGAAUGCAUCAUCAGUGGCACCACCUGUGGAACCUCUGUCAGAUCUAUGCAACUUGAUAUCUUAUCAAGGUGAUGUCGACCAUAGCUUAGCUUACAGCGACAUCCAUGGAACAUCUUUAAACACCAGUAUCCUUGUCAGCGAAGCUGAACUACUAGCUAACCACACUGCUGAUAUCUUGGGAUCAUUUCUCAUUGAAAGCCCGACACAGCCUAGUCGUCGUAAAUGCAGCAGUACUCCUCUGACAGAUGCUAAGAAGGGCUUCCUACACGCCAUGCAAUGCGAGGAAGACAGCAAAGCUGAAAUUCCUCGCAAAGAGCUAUUCAAAGAACCACAGAUGUUACCUAUGAAAAGAAAACCCAAAAGUACCACUGUGAAUGCACCGCUUGAUACAGAAACAACAAAUAAGCCUGCUCGAAAGAAUUCUGUAUCAUCUGGUGCAAGUAGUGCUAACUCGCGAAAGAAUCAUACAGGAGCAAUUCCAAAAAAGAAGUUUUCUGCUACAGCAACAAAACCAUCCACUAUUCGAGUUACCCAGUCAACUGAUGCCAAAACCACUAAUUCUUUUGAUUCUAAACGAUUGGUUAAUAGAAUAACCAAGUCUGAUGUGCCAAGAAGAGGGGUGAUAACAACUGGAAAACCUAAAACUGAAUCAUUUGCUAUGCCACCAAGAAUUACCAAACGACUCUCAUCUGUGUCUGGUACGAUCACACACCCAUCUGGAGAACAUAUACCCCUGUCAACGUCAAUACUAGAACCAAAUGAAGAAAAAAGAAAACCAGAAAACCUCACAAGAAAACUAGUUUCAGCCCCAAUUGUGCCCUUACAGCCUCUUGGUGAAUCACAAAUGCUAUCUUCAUCUGUUGCCAUGGAACCUGAUGAUCAGUCGUUAAUAUCAGAUGCAUGCACAGUGUUGGACCAAUCGAGAAGAUUGCUUUCUGUAUCGGCCAUGAUCACUGAACCUUCUGGUGAAUCUAAAUUAAUGUCUCAAUCAAUGGAUCAGGGUCCCUGUGUGAAAAACCUUUCUCCUAUUUCUGCUUUCCUCCCUGAACCAUUGCCUUUAACUUGUCCUUUAACCACUGAAUCUGAACAAGUGGUUUCAACUUCUAUCAAUUCCCUGUCAAAGUCAGCGUUUAUUACAGGACCCUUCGAUGAGUCGAUUUCAAGAAUGACAGCAGAACCAAGAAGAUUGUUAUCUGGUACCAUCACAAAACCAUCUGGUGAGACCAGGUUAUUAUCGACUUCCAUCACGGAGACGCCUAAAGAGUCUACUACUGUAACCCUUGAUACAAGACAUCUUUCCUCUGCAUCAGCCACUAUUACAAAACCUUGUGGAGAAUCAAAAGUCUUAUCUACUACCAUUACGAAAGAACCACAAGAAGUGAUAUCAAGAAGUGGUCAAGCAACCAAGCAACUCUUCCUUACUCCUCGAGAACCUUGUAAUGAAACACAAACCCAUUUUCCUGGUCCACCUGUAAUUGUUGAAACAGAAAACCGAUCAAGGAGACUUAUUCAAGCGCAAAUUGUAACCACAGAGCCGUGUGGUAAAUUAACGCUGACGCCACGAAAAUCGAGUACUCGGUCAUCAGCUGAAAAUAAUGUGCCAUCUGUUGAUUUGCGGCGUCUUUCGUCUGCAUCUGCAACAAUCACUAAACCUUGCGGGGAAUUUAGAAUUGUAUCAAAGACUGAAUCGCAGAAAGCAGCUAAUGGUCAGAGUUUUACAAACGAGAAUCUGCAGCAUGUGGAGGAAAAUGAUGAGUCAAUGUUGACACCAAUGGGUGAUUUAGACUAUUCUCAAAUCAACAAUACAAUUGAUAGUUGCCUAGAUACAUACUCUCGAACAUCUCAGAAGAGAACAACGCAAGGAAAACAGCAAGAACCAAAACGAGCCAGGGUAGAGUCAUACAGAGAUAAACUAAAUGAUAAAAAGUGUUCAAAGCCGCCUACUGCUGGAAAGAAAAGACUUGGUUCAACAUCCUCUGUAAAGGGUUUGGCUAUGUCAAAACUAAGUCUACAGAAAUCAAGAAGUAAAAGUAUAUCAAGUCGUCCAAUGAUGUACGCUUCUCAAAAUAUGUACUACGAUGAGAAAUGGAUGAAGAAGCAAGAACUAGGAUUCACACGAUGGUUGAAUUUUAUUUUAACGCCGGAUGAGCUGGACUGCCCGAAGGAUCCAAGCUGUAAAAUGAAUAGAGUUGAUGCUGGUAAAAUCCUUUGCAUGGAUACGAAAGAUAUCACAUUAGCGCCAACCAAAGAGGAAUUGUCUCUGAAAUCUUACACUGCAACUCGGAGAUUGAACAGACUUCGCAGAAGUGCUUGUAUGUUAUUUGAAAGUGAAUCCAUUGUUAGAGUCGUUCACAAAAUUGAGGAAGAAAUAGAAAGUUUACGUUUAUUGGUGAGAGCAGAUAAACACAUCAACAAAGACUACGGUGUGAGACAGCAAUUACUAAAUAUGAUACUUUGUUAUAACCCAUUAUGGCUACGAAUUGGGCUGGAGACUAUCUACGGAGUUGUACUGAAUUUGAAGAGUAAUACUGAUGUACAUGGCUUGUCAACAUUUAUUGUCACACGGUUAUUAAAUAAUCCAAUGAUAGCUAGUGAUUAUUCACAUCCUACAGUACCAAAUCUAUUCAAAGAUGGAUAUGAGGAGGCUCUAGCAAAGUUUACUCUCAAGAAAUUUUUACUGUUAGUACUGUUUUUGGACCGUGCUAAAUUAACUAAACUUAUCGACCAUGAUCCGUGCCUCUUCUGUAAAGAUGCUGAAUUCAAAUCAAGUCGAAAUUUGCUAUUGAUCUUCUCGCGCGACUUUCUAAGUGGUGAAGGUGAUGUCACUCGCCAUCUUGGUUACCUUGGUUACACAAUCACUGCUACUCAAACCUCAUUGGAUGAAUUUGACUAUGCUGUGUCUAAUAUUGCUGUUGAUUUACGCUGUGGUAUUCGUUUGACACGAAUAAUGGGACUGUUGACCCACAACUGGAAGCUUCUGAGUCAAUUACGAACACCAGCUAUCAGCAGACUACAGAAGAUACACAAUGUAGGCGUGUGUUUGAAAGCUAUGAAGGAAGUUGGCAUAGAUAUAGAAAGUGGUGGUCUGUCUAGCAAAGAUAUUAUUGAUGGACAUCGUGAGAAAACAUUAGAAUUACUUUGGAGACUUGUGUUCCAUUUUCAGAUAAGCAUCAAUUUAAAUGAAAAUCAAAUACAAGAGGAAGUGACUUUCCUGAAAAAGAAUCUGAGAACUCGCCGUCAACUGCAGUUGCUACUUUUGAAUGAAACCCAUGUGGUCAGCGAUGAAAAGCGACUGAGUGAACCCGGCCUUUAUUACAAAUCUCACAAGUUGUCUCUGUUACUAGAAUGGAGUAAAGCUGUCUGUGCGUAUUAUAACUUAAAGGUUGAGAAUUUUACUGUGUCAUUCAGUGACGGAAGAGUCCUGUGUUGUUUGGUGCACCACUAUCAUCCAUCACUGUUGCCAUGGAAUGGCAUUCGUCAUGACACCACACAAUCUCAGUUUCAAAUCGAAGAAACUGAGUCUGAUGGUGAGGAAUUCCGCAAUUCAACAUGGUGUGAUACAUUUAGUCCAACGACUGGCAAGCCAACACAACUCGAUGAAUUAUUGACUAAUGAGAAACACAAUUUCAAAAUGGUGUACGAUGCUGUCGGCCAUCUUGGUGGUGUUCCUGUCAUGAUCAAGUCUUCAGAGAUGUCCCAUACAAUCCCUAAUGAGAAGGUAUUUAUUGUAUUCAGGACAUUACAUAGGUCUACAAGACUGUUGUCAAGGCAACACAGAGCAGCAAGAUUGAUCCAGUCUGUUUUCAGAAUGCAUCGUUUGAGGACGAAGUAUCAAAAAAUGAGAUCGUCUGCCAUUGUACUGCAAGCUGCCUUUAAAUCCCACCUUAGCCACAAGAAGUUUCAAACGUUGAAGAAGUCUGCAAUCAAGAUACAACAAAAGUGGAAAGCUACGUUAUUGGCAAGAAGACAAAAAAAAUCAUAUUUGAAAUUAAAGGGAACAGUUAUUUUAGCACAAAGUUUGUAUCGAGCAAGACUUGCACGGAUUUACGUGCAAAGAAUCCAAGCUGCUGUCAAGAUCCAAUCAGCUUACAGAGGUUAUGUAGCAUUUAAAAACUAUAAAGACUUCCGAAAAGCAGUCAUCACUAUUCAAAGUAACGUUAAGAUGAGUAUUCAGAGAAGAAAGUAUAAACAGAUUUUGAAAAGCACAAAGAUAAUACAAGAACACUACAGAGCUCAUUCACGUAGAAUUGAAGCAAUGAAGAAAUACCAAGAAAUCAAGACAUCUUGUGUGACUAUACAGACAUACUGUCGAAGAUACCAAGCAAGAAAGACAUACAGAGAACUGAGAAGGGUUACAAUUCAAAUGCAAGCAUUGGUUAGAAGAAAACAAGCUAUGAAAAAGUACAAAAAAACAAAACAAGCUGCCUUAGUGGUGCAAGCUUUGAGAGAAGCAGAAAAGGCGAGAUUGAUGCAGUUCUCGGCAGCUGUAUACCUCCAUAUGUGUGCCAUCAAAAUACAAAGAGCCUAUCGCAAUGCCAGAACACGCAAGCUUGCGAAACAACAGUUGAACUCUAUUAUUACUCUUCAGAGAUGUUUCCGAAAGAAGAUUGAACGGCGACAGCAGGAAAAGCGGCUGCGGUCUGUUACUGUGAUACAGAGUUAUGUGCGUAUGUACUUAGCUAAGAAGUAUGCAGACAAAAGGCGUCAGUCUAUCACAUUACUACAGGCAAUGUGGAGGGGACGUCUACUAAGAUCACAGUUAAAAAGCAAGAAAAUUAUUCGCAUAAGACGAAACCUUACAGCUGCUAAUCUGAAAGCUAAAGAAGAAGAUAAACUGUCUAAUCGUACAACGUCAGCUUUAGACUAUUUGAAAAAGAUUAAACAAAUGUCUGAUUUACUGAGUGCAUUGGAACAUCUUGAGGUAGCAACACGAUUAUCAGCUGUCUGCUGUGAACGAAUGGCAACUAACAAUGGUAUUCAAACAAUAUACGAGUUAUUAAAUGGUUUCAAUCGCAGUCUACCACAUAUGCAAGCAAUAUCACGAAGUAUCAGUAUACUAGUGAAUUUAGCCAAGUAUGAAGCCACCGUCAGUGCCGUCUACUAUGUUCGUGAUAAAAUCAAUAGUAUCAAUAUCAUCAUGGAACAGAUUCAGAAUUUCCGAGAGAAAGGAUGUUCUAUCUUUACAAAAGCCUGUUUAUUGCUCAGUAUCCUCGGACAACAUGAACAUAUUCGUGAGGAAAUUCUAGCAAUGCCGAAGUUUACCGACAAGAUAAAAAGUUUGUAUACAUUGACUAUGAGGAAGCGUAAAAGGAAUGUCGAGUUCGAGAGAAUGAAGUCGCUGAACUCGUCGAUGUUCAAUUCGUUCAUGGUGGCGCCGUCGUAUAAUCUGAACGUUAAACCUGCCUGGAAUUUGAGCACAAAUAGAAUGAAGGAGACCGAAGACUCGCUUGAAGCUAUCAAAUCUGUUGCUAGGGUAUUUCAAAUACAAAUAUGAUUGCUGUGCAAUGGUCAUUCCUGUUGCCAAUUGAUUUUGCGAUUGAUUGUUAUGCAGUGU